AUGGAUGAUGAAUGGGAUGAUUCUUGUGAUAUGGUGGUAGCUCCAGUUGUACCGGCAUAUAACCACAACAAUGAUGUGGAUGAGGGCCAUAGUGUGUCAGCCAUGGGCAGGGGCUUCACAACUUUUAUAGAUGAACAAGAGGGAGGAUAUUUUACCAAAGACAGUAAUGGCUUUGGUGAUCGGCGUGGACGCGGCGGGAGGGGAGGACGCGGGGGGCGCGGUGGACGAGGCGGGAACCGAGAUCGAGGCGAUUAUGAAAAUGGCGAUGCAGGCAAUUACAACGGUGAUAGAGAAGACAGAGGUGAGAGAGGUGAAAGAGGGCGUGGCAGGGGCAGAGGUGGGAGUCGCGGCGGUGGACGGAUGGGCGGAGGUGAUUCUCCAACUGAAGGUGAUGGAGAAGUCAAGAAGCCUGAGCCUGUAACCUACAUACCACCAGACCCCACAGAGAAUGAAGACGAAAUGUUCGGCAGUUCGAUUAGUUCAGGAAUAAAUUUUGGCAAAUUCGAUCAUAUUGCUGUAAAGGUUACCGGCGAGAAUCCGCCCCAAGCAAUCGAUAGCUUCGAAAGAGCUAACCUUAGGAAAUUCGUUGUGGAAAAUGUAUUAAAAUCUGGAUAUAAAAAGCCCACGCCAAUACAGAAACACGCCAUACCAAUCAUCAUGAAUGGCCGGGACUUGAUGGGAUGCGCACAAACGGGAUCAGGGAAGACUGCGGCGUUUCUCGUUCCCAUCAUCAACACAUUGCUACAAGACAGUCGGGAACUAAUUGUAGGAGAAAAUGGUUGCGCUCAGCCACAGGUGAUCAUAGUUUCCCCCACCCGAGAGUUGACCUUGCAAAUAUUCAAUGAGGCUAGGAAGUUUGCGUUCGGGACCGUACUGAAGGUGGCUACUGCGUACGGCGGCACCGCUGUUCGCCAUCAGAGCGACCAGAUCUCGAGAGGUUGUCAUAUUCUGGUAGCCACUCCAGGGCGAUUACACGACUUUGUAGACCGAAAUCGCAUCUCGUUCGAUAGCAUACGCUUCAUUGUGCUGGAUGAGGCUGACCGAAUGCUUGAUAUGGGUUUUAUACCUUCUAUUGAGAAAAUGAUGCAGCAUCCCACUAUGGUGCAAGGUACUGAUCGUCAAACUCUGAUGUUUUCGGCAACGUUCCCUGAAGAUAUCCAGCACUUGGCUGGCCGUUUCCUCAACAACUAUCUAUUUGUGGCGGUCGGUAUUGUGGGCGGGGCCAGCGCGGACGUCGAACAAAUCUUCUAUGAGGUCUCCAAAUAUGAGAAAAAGACUAAAUUGCAAGAACUGGUUUCAGAGAAUGUUAAUAAACGCGUGUUGGUUUUCGUGGAGACCAAACGUAACGCAGACUUCAUAGCUUCGUUACUAUCUGAGCAACAGAUGCUAACCACAUCUAUUCAUGGAGACCGACUUCAACGCGAAAGAGAAGAAGCUCUCGAUAACUUCAAGAGAGGGCGCCACGUCAUACUUGUUGCUACCGCUGUCGCGGCUAGGGGACUAGAUAUAAAGAACGUUGAUAUAGUUGUUAACUAUGACCUGCCAAAGAGUAUUGACGAGUAUGUUCACCGUAUCGGGCGAACUGGGCGAGUUGGUAAUCGAGGGAUGGCUGUCUCUUUCUAUGACUCUGAACAGGAUUCAGCUCUGGCUGCUGACUUAGCCAAAAUUCUUCGUCAAGGCGGACCAAGUGGCAGUGACAUCAGAAACUUCAACAAUGCCGUUGCAGCUGAACCUGGCCAGGAGCCAGAUGAAGAGUGGUAA